CACCCCCCCCCGGCUCCGGGAGGGGCUUCGUGGGAACCCCCCCUAAAUUUGGGGACCCCCCCCAUCACCGGGACCCCCCCCCGCCAUCGCCGCCCCUCCCCCACCCCCCAGAUUUGGGGUCUCCCCCUCCCCCCGCGCCGGGAACCUCAGGCCAAGAUGCUGCCGCUGCUGCUCCUGGUGCUGAGCGUGGCCCCCGCCCGCGGCACCGUCCACACCAACCUCACCGAAGGGUGCCAGAUCAUCCACCCGCCGCGGGACGGGGGGAUCCGCUACCGGGGCCUGACCCCCGAGGAGGUGCAGAGCGUGCGGUUCCUGCCCUUCGACUACGAGAUCGAGUACGUGUGCCGGCCCGACCGCGAGAUCGUGGGGCCCAAGGUGCGCAAGUGCCAGCGCGACGGCACCUGGACGGCCAUGGCGCACCCCAGCCGCUGCCUGCGGACGUGCCCCCGGAUGCACCUGAGCCUGGAGAACGGGCGGGUGGUGCCGCGGGGGCUGGAGCGGGUGCCGGUGGAGGGCACGUGGGCUGAGUACAGCUGCGAGCCGGGGUUCCGCCUGGUGGGCAGCGCCCGCAGCAACUGCACCAAGCUGGGCCGCUGGAGCCACCCCAAACCCGUCUGCGAGCUUCGUCGCUCCCCCUCAGGCAGGAAGGCCGUGCACGUGGGCGCCCUGUUCCCCAUGAGCGGGGGGUGGCCGGGGGGCCAGGCCUGCCUGCCCGCCGUGCAGAUGGCCCUGGAGGACGUCAACCGGCGCCCCGACAUCCUGCCCGACUACGAGCUGAGGCUCAUCCACCACGACAGCAAGUGUGACCCCGGCCAGGCCACCAAGUUCCUGUACGAGCUGCUCUACAACGACCCCAUCAAGAUCAUCCUCAUGCCCGGCUGCUCCAGCGUCUCCACACUCGUGGCCGAGGCCGCCCGGAUGUGGAACCUCAUCGUGCUUUCCUACGGCUCCAGCUCCCCGGCCUUGUCCAACCGGCAGCGCUUCCCGACCUUUUUCCGGACCCACCCGUCGGCGACGCUCCACAACCCCACGAGGGUGCAGCUCUUCAAGAAGUGGGGCUGGACCAAGAUCGCCACCAUCCAGCAGACCACCGAGGUCUUCACCUCGACCCUGGACGACCUGGACCAGCGGGUGAAGGAGGCCGGGCUGGAGAUCACCUUCCGCCAGAGCUUCUUCUCCGACCCCGCCGCCCCCGUCAGGAACCUCAAGCGCCAGGACGCCCGGAUCAUCGUGGGGCUCUUCUACGAGACCGAGGCCAGGAAGGUCUUCUGUGAGGUGUACAAGGAGAAGCUCUACGGCAAGAAGUACGUGUGGUUCCUGAUUGGCUGGUACGCCGACAACUGGUUCCGCAUCAAGGACCCCGCCAUCAACUGCACCGAGGCCGAGAUGGCCGAGGCCGUGGAGGGACACGUCACCACCGAGAUCGUGAUGCUCAACCCCGAGAACACCAGGAGCAUCUCCAACAUGACGUCGCAGGAGUUCAUCGAGAAGCUCCAGAAGAGGCUGGGGAAGAACCCUGAGGAGACCGGGGGGUUCCAGGAGGCCCCCCUCGCCUAUGAUGCCAUCUGGGCCUUGGCCUUGGCCCUCAACAAGACCUCGGCCGAGCUGGUCAAGAAGGGCUUGAGGUUGGAGGACUUCAACUACAACAACAAGAACAUCACGGACGAGAUCUACCGGGCCCUCAACUCCUCGGCCUUCGAGGGCGUCUCGGGCCACGUGGUGUUCGAUGCCAGCGGGUCCCGCAUGGCCUGGACCCUCAUUGAGCAGCUCCAGGGAGGCGUCUACAAGAAGAUUGGGUACUACGACAGCACCAAGGACAACCUGUCCUGGUACAACAACGACCGCUGGAUCGGGGGUUCCCCGCCCGCCGACUACACCAAGGUCAUCACCACCUUCCGCUUCCUCUCCCAGAAGCUUUUCAUCUCCGUGUCCGUCCUGGCGUCCCUGGGAAUCGUCCUGGCCGUCGUCUGCCUCGCCUUCAACAUCUACAACGGCCACGUCAGGUACAUCCAGAAUUCCCAGCCCUACCUGAACAACAUGACGGCCGUGGGCUGCACCCUGGCGCUCGCCGCCGUGUUCCCGCUGGGAUUGGACGGAUACCACAUCGGCCCCGGGAUGUUCCCCUUCGUCUGCCAGGCCCGGCUUUGGCUCUUAGGCCUGGGCUUUAGCCUGGCCUACGGCAGCAUGUUCACCAAGAUCUGGUGGGUCCACACCGUCUUCACCAAGAAGGAGGAGAAGAAGGAGAAGAGGAAGGUGAGGGGGGACACUGGGGGGGGUCUCAGGUGGUCCCUGGUGACCCGGCCUCAUCCCCAAAUCCCCAAAUCCCAGACUUUGGAGCCCUGGAAACUCUACGCCACCGUGGGGCUGCUGGUGGGGCUGGACGUGGUGACCUUGGUCGUGUGGCAGAUCGUGGACCCCCUGCACCGAACCAUCGAGGAAUUCACCAAGGAGGAGCCCAAGACGGACCUGGACGUGUCCAUCCUGCCCCAGCUUGAGCACUGCAGCUCCACCAAGAUGAACACGUGGCUGGGGAUAUUUUAUGGGUUCAAGGGUCUCCUGCUCCUCCUCGGGAUCUUCUUGGCCUACGAGACCAAGAGCGUCUCCACCGAGAAGAUCAACGACCACCGCGCCGUCGGCAUGGCCAUUUACAACGUGGCGGUGCUUUGCCUCAUCACAGCGCCGGUGACGAUGAUCCUGAGCAGCCAACAGGACGCCGCCUUUGCCUUCGCGGCGCUGGCCGUCGUCUUCUCGUCCUACAUCACCCUCGUCGUCCUCUUUGUGCCCAAGAUGCGGCGCCUGAUCACGCGGGGGGAGUGGCAGUCGGAGCAGCAGGACACCAUGAAAACGGGAUCCUCCACCAACAACAACGAGGAGGAGAAAUCCCGGCUCCUGGAGAAGGAGAACCGGGAGCUGGAGAAGAUCAUCGCCGAGAAGGAAGAGCGGGUGUCGGAGCUCCGGCAGCAGCUCCAGGACCGGCAGCAGCUCCGCUCCCGCCGCCGCCCGUCCAACCCGUCCCGGGAGAACGGCGACAACAACCACUUCCCGCCGGGAUCGGGGGGAGCCCCCGCGGCCCCCCCGGGCGGGGGAGGGGGGACGGGACCCCCCUUCUACCAACCCAACCUGCCCCUCGUGCGCUGCCUCGUGUCCGAGCAGGCCGAGAAGUUGGGACGCGGGAAUUGCGACGGGAGCCGCGUCCACCUCCUCUACAAGUGACCCCUCCCCCGGGGCGGGGCUUAGACCGGGGGCGGGGCCUCGACAGCUAAUUGUUAAUGAGGGUUUCGGGAUAAUUUGGGGCGUCUUGGAGGUGGUUUGGGGUGUUUUGCUCCUCCGGGAAUUCAAUGGAAAAGGGGGGUGGGAGGGGCUUGGAUCAGGGGCGGGGCCUCUUUGACCAAUUAUUAAUGAGGUUUUUGGGAUAAUUGUGCUGGUUUGGGGUGUUCUCCACCUUUCUCGGGGUUCCAGGUUUUCCUGGGAUCAGGUGGAAAAGUGGCGUGGGAGGGGCUUAAAUGAGGUGGGAAGGGCUUAAAUAAAGGGGGUGGGGCUUAAAUAAAGAGGGAGGAGCAGGAGAUGAAUUGGAAAAGUGGGAAGACCCCCCAAAAUUCCCCAAGGGUUGUCCUGAUCUCCUCUACAGUCAAAGCCCAGUUAUCCUAGAAAUCCCACAGCAUUCCCAUAAUCCUACAGUUAUCCCAUAAAACCCACAGUUAUCCCAAAAACCUGACAAUCAUCCCCAAACCCCCUCAAGUUAUCCCAAAAAUCCUACAGUGAUCCCAUAAAUCCCACACCAUUCCCAGAAAUCCCACAGCAAUCCCAUAAAUCCCACACUCAUCCCAAAACCCCCAGUGAUCCCACAAAUCCUACACUCAUCCCACACCACUCCCGGUGCCUUCCCACCCCCUCUCCACCUGUAGCAAUUCCCAUCCCUCCCCCUCUUCCGCAUCCCAGGAAUCCCCAUAAUCCCCUGUAGCUCCCUGACCCUGGGAUCCCAUUCCAGGGUUGUAUCCCAUGGGAAUUCCCUGGGAAUCCCAAAGUUUUAGGUCCGGGCUUUGUCUCCAAGCCCGGCUUUGAAUCCAUGCAGGGUGUUCCCAAUCCCUCGGGAAUGGGACGGAUCCAGAGGGUGGGUUUUUGGGAAGGGGGUGGAUCCAGUGGGAUCAUCUGGAUGGAAUUCCAUGUGUCCAGAGAAUUCCCAAAUUCCCAGACUGUUGUAUCCGGGUCCGGCCCCUCCUGUACAGCCGCACUUUACUGGGAAAACCGGACUCUUUUCCUUCUUC